AUGGCGCGCAUCAAAAUGGAGGCCACGCUCCAGACAUUCGACAGCCGACAGGUGGCAAACCACCGACAUAUUGCUGCCCCAUUGGCGAAAGAAGCUGAAUCACGCUGCCCAAGACCGACGAUGCAGCGUGCAGAUGCAGGAAACUUUCACGGGAAUAAGAGGCAGCGGCGCAGCUCGGCGGGACACUAUGACAACACCCUGUUCUUCAACCCUCUCAUCGGGAACAUCUUCGCAGACAGAACACUGAUGUAUCAUGUGUUGCAUCUGGGAGUCUGGUAUCACUACAUCAUCAUACGGCCAGUCGGUUUCGAGGAUGGUGGGCCGGAGGCAAUUCUAUUCUUCGUGUAG